AUGAACGUGAUCAGAAAAGUCGACCAGUUCAUCUCUAUCAGAGAUGAUACAGAGGAGGACAGCGAUAAGCUUCGUGCAAACAGAGACUUAAAGCCAACUCCUCCAAGAGAAAGAACUUGGAAAAUGUACAACUAUGUUGUUGUCUGGUUCCAGUCUGCCUUUGGAGUCAGUUCUUGGAACACCGGUUCAUCUUUGAUGAAGGCAACGGGGCUCCCGUACACGCAUGUGAUUGCGGGUGCCGUUAUUACAAGUUUCAUCUGCUGUUUCUUUGUUGUUGUGUCUGCGAGAUCAGGUGCCAAGUAUCACAUUGGGUUUCCGUCGGUUGCCAGAGCUACCUUUGGUGUUAGGCUUGCCAGGUUCUUUGUUUUUGUUCGUAUGUUUGUUGCGGCCUUGUGGUUUGGCGUUCAGACUUAUUAUGGAUCCCGGUGCUUUGACGUGGCACUUAGAUGUGUCUUUGGGCACAAAUGGUACAACAUCCCCAACCAUUUACCCGACAGUGCUCAAAUUACAACCAGACUAAUGGUUGCGUUUCUGAUCUACUGGAUUGCCCAAUUUCCGUUGAUGUUUCUGCACCCUAAGCAAGUCCGUUGGUUUUUCACUAUCAAAGGUAUCAUUAUGCCUAUCGCAGCCUUUGGUCUGUUCAUUUUUUGUAUGAUCAAAGGAGGUGGACCUGGCGAUUAUGAUAUUGGUAUCAAGGUGGAGCAAGUGACGAGUCAAGGUAACGAGUGGAUAAGAAUGAUCAACACUAUCAUUGGAUCUGUUUCAGCCAUGAUCAUUAACCAGCCAGACAUCGCACGUUACUCUAAAAAACCACGAGAUGCCCUAUGGCCACAGUCAAUUGGAUACAUUCCUUCCACCAUCGCAAUCUUGCUCAUUGGUAUGGCUUCCAAUGCAUCGAUUAGAAAGGCGUACGGUGAAUCUUAUUGGAACAUGUGGGAUCUGCUCACUGCGAUCUUAGAACACGAAUGGAGUGCGGGCACUCGUUGUGCAAUUUUCUUGUGCUCUGUGUCUUUUGCGCUCGGGGCUGCAGGUACCAACAUUUUUGGAAAUUCGAUUCCGUUUGCCGCAGAUCUCUGUGGCCUGCUACCAAAAUACUUCAAUAUUGUGCGAGGUCAAAUAUUUUUAGGGCUAUUGGCUUGGGCUAUGGUUCCAUGGAGAAUGAUCAAUUCCGCCGCCACUCUUGUCUCCUUUCUUGGCUCCUACUCCAUUUUUGUUGCUCCACUUCUAGGAUGUCUUUUGUCGGAUUUCUACAUCAUCAGAAAAGGAAAUAUCCAUGUCCCUUCGUUGUACAUUAAAAACCCCGACGGAAUUUAUUACUACUACAAAGGACUUAACCUGUGGGCAGCAGCAGCGUGGGUGAUAUCUCCUGUAAUUGCGAUACCCGGGUUAUACCGGUCCUACCAUGCCGAUUCGUUAUCGCAAACUGCAUCCAAUAUUUUCUACGGUGGCUGGCCAUACACGUUCAUAAUUGGAUUCACUGCAUAUAGUGUGCUCGGGUUGAUCUUCAAACCACCCAUCUAUCCUCCACAGCGUGCAGAUACACCUAAAACUUGGGAGUAUCUCGCGGAGACCAACGGGUUUUUCGAGGAUGACGAAUACAUUAAUGGCGUCGGCUAUCCGGGAGCUAUAGAUGAUGGAAAAGAUGCGGAGGACGAUUGCUCCGACGAAAAAUGCGAGCUGAGGGUUAUUCAAAGCGCAGUUUCUAUUUCGCAAGGUUAA